AUGGAAAAGGGCCGUAGUCGUUCAGGCACGGAGCCCUGCCUUCUAUUCCAUCUUCUGUUUUACCUUUGUUCCCCUGUAUCACCUGGCAGUUGUGAAGGGAUUAUUGGAAGGGCUAACGAUGUUCUGAAUGACGCCAUCUUUGAUGAAGAUCAUGAUGAGAUGGUAAUUGUGAAGGACAUAGACAUGUUCUCGUUGUGUGAGCAUCACCUCGUUCCAUUUGUUGGAAAGGUACAUAUUGGCUAUCUUCCUAACAAACAAGUACUCGGGCUCAGCAAGCUUGCUAGGAUUGUGGAAAUAUACAGUAGAAGAUUACAAGUCCAGGAACGCCUUACCAAACAAAUUGCAAUAGCCAUCACAGAAGCCUUACAGCCUGCUGGAGUUGGAGUGGUUAUCGAAGCAACGCAUAUGUGUAUGGUCAUGCGUGGGGUACAGAAAAUGAACAGUAAAACAGUAACCAGCACAAUGUUGGGGGUAUUCCGGGAAGAUCCAAAGACCCGUGAAGAAUUCUUGACGCUCAUCAGGAGCUGAAACUGUGCCAUUCACUAAAUGCACUCUGGAGGUUGUUCUGUCCAGUGUCACUGUUCUUAUCUGUUUCUACAUCUCACUUUUAAACUAAAUCAUUGUGAAUUGUUGUCAUAGUCUUUGUGUAGUGAAAGACUUUUGAUGGCAAGUGAAAACUGUAAUGAUGAGGUAGGCUCAUCCUGGAUUUCUAACACUGUUGUUGUCACAGAAUUACACAGCUGUGGAUAGGGUUUUGAAAAUGCUUUUUCUUCUGGAACAUGAAAGAUACUGCCGUUAGGAGAAAAAUGGGGUUUGAGAGUGAAAUGGAUAUUUAUGAAAUAGUUCUGUUUGGUAGAAUAAAUACAGUGCAGCAUAGGAAACAAUUAAAAGGCUGUGGAUCCUUGUAGGACCGCUUACAUGCUGCAAAUACUGUAUCACUGCCUGAAAAGGAUGGUCCUGAAUUAUCUCUGACUAUAUUUUAUUACAAAUCCUUUGGUGGCUGUUUCAAUAUCUGGAUAUGUAUGUUAUACUACUUUGAGAUGUUACCUCUGGUGGUGUUUUAUAUUCUUGCAAGUAUUAAUCCUCUCUCUUUUUUUUUUUUAUUUGAGAAUUAAAAAUGCAUUUUUCCUAGCCUCUUAACAUGCAGGGAAUUAAUUGCUAAAUGAUUUGGGGCACAGCCUUAUCUCAGUGUAAAGGGUUUUAUGCACCUUCUUCUCUGUGCCUCAGAAUAUCUGACCAUUUUAACUAUCAAUUUCUGACUAUUUUUAAAGCAAACUUGAAGAGGGGAAAAAAAAAAAACAAACCCAGAGUCUAUGUCUGCAAAGAGCUAAGAUAUCCAAAGAGAUUUUUAGUGAUUUUUAUAUGUUGAGUUUUUCAUCUUGGAUUUCCAUGGGCUCAUUAGACCGAGGAGCUAAAACUAGUAUGGUAUUCUGAAAACAAUGAUUACUUUUCAAACAUUUCGAGAUUUGCUUCUUUUAAAUGUUGGACCAAAGGUGGGUGCUGAAAUCUUGAACACAGUUCAUUGUACCUCUUCUGCCUGUUUUCAGGUCAUUCCAGGGCGAAUUAAUCUGAAAUGACAACUUAUUUCUUAAGAGCAAUUGAGAAAAGUAUUUCCAGGGCCAUCAACAUGAAUUAAACCACAUUUUUGUAUGUGGCAGUGUUGGUACAAAACGUUUCAGUCCACUGGACUUGGCUGAACUUCUUACAAUUUAUUACAAUUUAUUACGUUUUAAUGAGUGUUUUGUAACUCUUAAUCGGGAAAAUAUGAUGCACAAAUGGAAACCACCCUUCUCAAACUAAGCACGGGAGGCAAAACUGAAAAAAUAAAAUGUCAACCACCAGGGCGUCUGAUGGCCACAGUACAUGUUCCCGUAGUCAUAUCUGCAUUGCUGAAUAUGAAUCCAAGAUGUUCUGUAAUCAAACCUAAAAGGCAGUUCCUAGUCUGGCAGGCUAGAUCUUACUAACUCUUACACAUUCAGGCUCCCCUUUUCAACCCAUAAUAGAAACAAUGUAAAAUUUAUGGCAAGCUGAAUUUCCAUUCAGCCAAAAGAACUUUAGAAAGUAUAAAUAAGAAAGGCUUUAAAAAAUCCCCAUCUUUAUUUAUUACUGUAACUACCCACCCUUUUUUUGCCAAUAACCUCAUAUAUUUGAUUACACUCGCUUUACCUUGAAGACCUUCACAGUAUUAUUAGAAAAAAAACCUUUAUGAUAUCCUUUCUCCUGUAUUGCUAGAUGCUAUAAAAGUAUUUCUCUGCUAGCACAAACAAGCUCUUCUGGACCAAGCUGCAGUGUUGCACAUUCAUAAAAUAGGCUAACUCUCUGGCUUUUGUUUUCCUUAAAUGAUUGAGAACAGAUAUUGCCACUUUUGAGUUCAGUAUGUGUUUCAAAUAUCCAGUUAAAAAGCCUUAAAUCAUCCUUGUCUGAAGUUCAGAGUAAAACCUUUUCUCUUUUUAGCUCAGCAGCUGGCAGGAGAAUUUGAGGACCAAAGAGGCACCCACUAAUGUUUGUUUCUGUCUACUUGCUUUAGUUGUUUGAAACUGUUAAUUUUUUCUAAAACACUGUCUUACUCCUGAGGUAAUGAAAAGGUUGCAUUUUAACCACUUAUCUUUAUUCAGGAUAAAGUUCAUAUUGCACCACCACCAGUUUUUAUUUCUGUGACCUGUAGUCCUUAAAACAUACCUCUCUAUACUUGUGGCCUUGGAUUUUGUUCAGAUUCUUGUUGUUGUAAGAUUUGGUGCAUUUUUUUUGGAACGUUAGUAUUGGUCAAAUACAUGAGCUUUAACUGCAACCGGUGUGUAUAUAUGUAUAGUACAUACAGCCUGCUGUUCUACUGUGUAGAAGUCCAUUGUCUCUAAAACAUUAAAGCGCAGUAUUAUCCUUUUGAGUGGCAGCAUCCUUGUCGACUCGGAGGUGAUGGCACCACAC